UCAUUUGAAUUCAAUGUCAAAGUUGUCAAAAAUGUGAUCGUAAAAGUUGAAGAUUUUACUUUGUUUGUUUUCAUUAUUUUACGACGUAUUUGUUUAUGUUAUAAAAUGUCAUUGGUUUUGAGAAGAACGUAUUUAAAAGCUAAAAAUAAUAUCCUGUCUCCUGGUACCGGAAAUAUUUCAGUGUCUGGUCAGUUACAAACUUUUGUGGCUCGAACGUUCAGUGAAGACAAAUCUGGCAAUAAUCCACAAUUUAGCAGUAGCACUAUUUUAAUUGAAAAUGGAUUUAACGUACAAGAACUUCCAGUGGCUAUCAAGAAAUUGCGAAAUCUCGCUGAUAUCGACGAUAAGCCAAACGAAGAACAAGCAGCUAGUGCACAAGACACUCUGAGCUAUCAGCUGAUUCAAGAAGAAUUCAAACAAUGUCUGGAUCUUCGCGAUGUGUUUUCUUUACUCUCAAAGUGUACCAAAAUUACACCAAACAUUGCAUUAGGAGCCAUUGAAAGAAUAUACGACAUUGAGAAAAAUCCAAACUCACUUAGCCUAGAUCCUAAAAUAAUGCAAAUUAAUUUAGCAAAAGGUGCCAUUUUAGAUAAACUUCUGAAGGUUGUUAUGAAAACUGAAGACACAUGCACAAUACUGGAGAUACUGAACACUGUUUCAUCAUUCAUGGAGCCUUUCAAGUACAAAUUCCAUGAUGAGCUACUUCUUCGUGUUAUUGACAACAAGUUAAGUAUUGAUCAGUUAUGUGAAUUUAUAAACUUUUUAAUAAAAAAUAAAAAUGAUAUAAAGUACUCUGAAACCAUUGACAAACUGUGGGUUGGAUUUGUUGCAAAAGAAAAAGAAAUAGAUGAGAAUAAUAUAGUACAGGUGUUUGGCAUCCUACAUGGUUUAAAAGUCAGCAAAAGAAUAAUAUUGACAUUACUGGAGCAAAAAUUAUGUGAUUUGUGGUUUAAAAUUAAAGUGCCUGUCAUGCAAGACAUAUUGACCUCUUUUGUAAUGGAAAAAUAUUUAUCGGUGCAAUCAUUUGGUGUUGUUGGCAGCUGGCUCUGUGCCAAUAUACAUGCUUUGGAUGAAGAUUCCUUGUUGGAUAUUAUUUCUAAGUUGACUAGACUGAAAUAUACUGAUGACAAAAUUGAGAAGGCUGUCGAGAAGUACAUGAGGUUUAGAGGCGAUAAGGUAGAGAGCCAUGUCCUCAUUGUAGGACUUUUGAACUUUUGUAUGCAGUUCCAAAUUUAUAACAAACAGAUUUUGAAUUCUUGCUGUGAUUAUUUUUUGAGUAAUUGGCAUGUUGUGCCACCUAGUUUCCUCAAAUCUUUCAUAUAUCCUUUUGGAUAUUUACAAUAUGAUCCUGUAAAUAAUACAGAAUUUUGGAAGCUUGUAGAUGAAAUCAUGAAUGAAAACUUCGAUAAAAUGACCAGCUGUGAUCUUAGUUCGAUAAUAUUAUCAUCAAUUUACUUAGGUAAGUACCCCUCUGCUUUAGUCCGAAGAAUGUUAAGUCCAGAGUAUCUGGCUAAAGUAAAAAAUGCUGAUAUGUGGAAGAGGUUUUAUUUGAUAGACACUGCAAUGACUUUAGAAUGUGAGAAGUAUUUAGGUCCUCUUUUACCAAAGGACCAAUGGUCCAAGCCAAUCACUCAAGACUUUAGGGUUAAAAAUAUUUUGGAAAAAAUUAUGGAUGUUCUUGUGAAUGUAGCAGGAGGUCAAGAUAAAUUAUCAGUAGCUGUGUCUAUACCAUACUUACCGUCCGAUGAAACAUAUUUACUGGAUGUCAUGUUGCACUCCGCUGGGCUGGGUAGUAAAACUUUUAACUGGAAAUCGAAAACAGUUCGGAAUGCUAAUAUUGCUAUAUUAAUACAUUUGCCUGACCAUUAUUGCUCCAACAAUGAACAUCUGAUUGGUCCUCAAGUAAUGAAAAAGAGGCAUCUCAAAAUUUUAGGAAUGAAAGUUGUGAGCUUGAAGUAUUCUUUACUAAGUCAGUUCUACACUACUUACAAUAAGAAUGGCUUGACGGAAUACCUUCUUGAAAGUAUUAACAAUGCAGAACAAUGUAUGUAGGCAGACAACACUAAAAUAAUUUUUGGUAUUGGGAGCAGAUAUAUUUCAAUUUUUAGAAUAAAUUUUAUGUUUAUAAAACAAAAAUUUACGAAUGUACAUAGUUACUAAGAAACAUAGUUCAAAUACAUUAAUUAUUUUUCUAGUCUUAAGGCUGCAAUAUUAAUAUGGGGUAUGCCAAAUUAAUGUAAUCUUGUACCUUAAAUAAAAAUUAGGUGGUGAUAUUUAUAAACAGAAUAAAAAAUAUUUUAGUAGUAUUGUUUUAUUUAUUGUAUAUUAACAAUAGAUUAGUAAGUUGCUGUAAUUUUUGAGGUAAUAUGUCAUCAUUGUAAAUUGUGAGGAAUAAUAAAGAUUUUUACACAAAA